AUUGCAGGAGAUGAGCUAGCCGGUGGGAAGCGCUCUAAAGAGAGAAUAACGGUAGCAUUGUGUGCUUCCAUGUCUGGUGAAAAGCUUAAGCCUCUAGUGAUAGGCAAGUCCGCCAAACCGAGAUGUUUCAGCAGGAUAAAACCAGAAAGACUCCCAGUUACAUAUAGAAACAAUAGGAAGGCAUGGAUGACUUCCGAGCUCAUGAUAGACUGGCUGAAAUCGGUUGAUCGUCAGAUGAAAAGGUCAGGUCGUCACAUUCUCAUGUUCUUGGAUAAUGCUCCAGCUCAUCCCAAGGUGACUUUAGACAAUAUCAAGUUAGUAUUUCUUCCUGCUAAUACUACGUCUGUUGCUCAGCCCAUGGACCAAGGGAUUAUUCAAACCCUCAAACUGAAAUACCGUAGUCGUCAGCUUAAAUACAUUCUAAGUCAAAUGGAACAUAGUGAUAAAGUAGGUUCCACAAUUCUUAGGGAGAUAUCAAUUCUUGACGCAAUCUACUGGAUAAACGGGUCGUGGAAAGAAGUUGAAGCUUCUACUAUUCAGAAGUGUUUCGCAAAAUGUGGUUUCACUCAAUUCAAUGUGCAGGUAGAUAAUAUUGACUGUGAUGAUAAAAGUGAUAAUGAUGAUGAUGAGGUGCCACUUGCAGUUCUAAGACUGAGCAAUGAGUUGUUUGGAUGUACAUUUAGUGACUUAGUGGACAUUGAUAAAGCAGUUCCAACAUUUGACUUAAACACUGUUAACUGGGAUAGGAAUGCACGGGAUAUGAUAAAAGAAAUCAGAGACAGUAAUAAUGAUGAUGAUGAUGAUGAUGACAAUGAUGAUAUUCAAGAGACAGGUGCUAUUAUUAGUAUGAGUGAUGCAAAUGAGAUGUUGUAUAAAUUGAAAGAAUUAGCAUUGAGCAAAGGUCAAGACAAAUGGCUCGAAAGCAUAAUGACUUUACAGGACAGUUUUGUGAGUUGUAGAGCUGAGGUUGAUACAAAGCAAUCAAAGAUUAGUGACUUUUUCAAGUAAAGAGAUGGUUACCAUGAACUGUAUUAAAAGUUAUAAAUAAAGGAUAGUGCUACAUUAUUCACAAUUCCAAUGUAGCAAAUGUAAUUUUUGUAGAAAAAAAGUUAUUAUUGUAGCUUUAUUG